AUGGUGUCUGCCGGCGUGGCUGCCGAGACUGGGGGCGGAGAGGCGGGGGCGGGGCCCGGCCGGCUUCCUGCCCUCUUUAGUUCUGCUCCCGCGGCUAGCCCUACCCCGGCAGCGCUGCGGCAGCAUCAUGUGUACGAGGCCUUGCUGAACACUGCUCUUGACAUUGACCUGCUUGAGCCUGAGUCACCCUUAGAUGAUGUUUGGAUUAAAGAAGUUUUAAAAAAAUCUGGGAUGAAGUACAAAAGAACCCAAGUAAAACAAGAUAAAGUCAGAGAAAACAAAGAUGCUGUGAGAAGGCCUGAGGCAGAUCCAGCAUUCUUAAUUCCAAGAUGGCCAGUUGUUACCAUAAUGGGUCAUGUUGAUCAUGGCAAAACAACUUUACUUGACAAAUUGCGAAAAACUCAAGUGGCAGCAAUGGAAGCUGGAGGCAUAACUCAACAUAUUGGCGCCUUUCUAGUUUCUCUUCCUUCUGGGGAAAAGAUAACCUUUCUUGAUACUCCAGGACAUGCUGCCUUUUCAGCAAUGAGGGCCAGAGGUGCUCAUCUCACUGAUAUUAUCAUAUUAGUUGUAGCAGCAGAAGAUGGCAUAAUGAAACAAACUGUGGAAUCUAUUCAACAUGCCCAAAAUGCUCAAGUUCCAAUCAUUCUUGCUAUAAACAAGUGUGACAAACCUGAGGCUGAUCCUGAAAGAGUGAAGAAAGAGUUGUUGGCUUAUGAUGUGGUUUGUGAAGAAUAUGGGGGUGAUAUUCAGGCAGUACAUAUUUCUGCGCUGAAGGGUGAUAAUCUGAUGGCUCUGGCGGAAGCAACAGUUGCUCUUGCAGAGAUAUUGGAACUCAAAGGAGAUCCCACUGGUCUUGUGGAAGCAAUAGUGGUAGAGUCUCGAACAGAUAAAGGGAAAGGUCCAGUAACUACAGCUAUAAUUAAAAGAGGAACUUUGAGAAAGGGUGCAGUUCUGGUUGCUGGACAGAGUUGGGCAAAAGUCCGUUUGCUGUUUGAUGAGAAUGGAAAAACAAUCAAUGAUGCUUGUCCCAGCAUGCCAGUGGAAAUUAUAGGCUGGAAGGACCUUCCUUCUGCAGGAGAUGAAAUUCUUGAAGUGGAAUCUGAGCAAAGAGCACGUGAAGUUGUUGAUUGGAGGAAGUAUGUUGAAGAACAGGAGAAAAUAAAAGAAGAUUCUAAAGUGAUUGGAACAAAACGAAAGGAACACCAAGAUUCACAUCGUAGAGCCAGAGAGAAGUUAGGAUCUCUGAACUGGAAAGAGAGAGAAUUUAUAAAGUAUCAAGAAAUUAAAAAACAAAACAUAAAACAUAAAGAGAAAACAGAAGAUUUGAAUACGCUUCCUAUAAUUAUUAAAGGUGAUGUAGAUGGUUCAGUUGAGGCUAUUUUGAACAUUAUUGAUACCUAUGAUGCUACAGAUGAGUGUAAACUGGAUUUAUUACAUUUUGGAGUAGGUGAUAUUAAUGAAAGUGACAUUAACCUUGCCGAAACAUUUAAUGGUGUUGUAUAUGGCUUUAGUGUGAAUGCAAGCAAAGUUGUCCAGCAGUUAGCUGUGAAAAAAGGAGUCAGAAUUAAACUUCACAACAUUAUCUACCGACUUGUUGAAGAUUUGCAGGAAGAACUGAGCAGUAAACUCACUCCUUCUGUGGAAGAAAAUGUAAUAGGUGAAGCAUCCGUAUUGGCCACCUUCUCUGUGACAGUAGGCAAAAAACAAGUUCCUGUAGCUGGCUGCAGAGUACAAAAAGGGCAAUUAGAGAAAAGGUUGAAAUUUAAAUUAAUUCGUAAUGGAUGUGUUAUUUGGAAAGGAUUAUUAACUUCAUUGAAGCAUCAUAAAGAUGAUGUUUCAGUCAUAAAAACUGGAAUGGAUUGCGGUCUUAGUUUGGAUGAAGCAAAAAUAGAGUUUAAGACUGGAGAUGAAAUUAUUUGCUUUGAAGAGAAAGAAGUUUUGCAGAAGACUUCCUGGGAUCCAGGAUUUUAAAUUGUUACAUUAAAAAUAGUAAUUGAACUGAAUAUUUGCUUUAUUUUAUUAUAGAGCACCUGUAUGUAUAUUUUACUUUAAUGCUUUUUGAAAAAAAAGUGUUACUGUGUGGUUUCUCACCACAUUUGUUUUUUAGUUAAUAUUUAUUGAACACUUUCAAACUACCCCUUCUCUAUUUUGCCUAAAGAGCUGGUCAUUCCUGAGAACAAUCUGCCCAAACCAAAACUUUUAUCUAAAUUUCUCACACUGCCUUAGUCUUCCAAAUAAAAUUCUAAAAACAGCCAUUACAA